UCAGAAAUGAUCCAGGCAACUCCUGAACCUUUCAUACAAGACUGCAAGGGAGAGAGAGAAUGGGAAAAGCUCCCCAAGCAUCAAGAGCUUUCCAGCCAUAUGUGCGUAAAAAUUUCUUCCUGUGCCACGUGACAGAGGAAGAGGCGCAGACCCAUUACACAGUAAUAAAAAUAUGCCUUUGGCAACGUUGAGCCAAAACCUGGAGCUGCUGCAGGAAGCUAGCAAUCCGCAUAAAAAGGAGUAAAACGUUAACAAAAAAAGGACCGAAGUCUGUAUCGCGCACCUCUCGGAAGGACGCUGCUGCAGCAGGACGGGGCUUGGGCUCUGCACGUGACAGCGAUCUGCAGCAAAACAUCUGCUUAAAAUCGUGUAGGUUUCCAGCGCCUGUCAAGAUCUCGCUGAAGAGAUUAGUUGUGGCUGCGCCAUGAUCUCCGCCGUCCUCCUCCUCUGGACCGUGCCCUGUGUGGCAAACCACAUCCUCGGGGGCUUUGCUAAGGGAACGCUGCAGGAAGGUCCCCAGCUGGCGUGCAGCCUGCCGGGACCCCCCGGGCCACCCGGUCCCCCCGGCGCGCCCGGGGCUCCAGGGACGGUCGGCAGGAUGGGCUUCCCGGGCAAAGAUGGCAAGGAUGGCAAGGACGGGGACAAAGGCGAGCACGGCGAUGAAGGUCCACAAGGCAGAGCAGGAAACCCCGGCAAGCCAGGACCAAAGGGGAAAGCAGGAGCUAUUGGCAAGGCAGGCCCACGAGGGCCCAAGGGUUUAAAGGGUAAUCCUGGGAAAAACGGGGCACCGGGAAAGAAAGGGCCCAAAGGGAACAAGGGCGAGACCGGGAUGCCAGGACCCUGCACCUGUAAUGCCAACAAAGCCAAAUCUGCCUUCUCCGUGGCAGUCUCAAAGAGCUACCCAAGGGAACGGCUGCCCAUCAAAUUUGACAGGAUCCUGAUGAACGAGGGAGGACAUUACAAUGCUUCCAGUGGGAAAUUUAUAUGCAGCAUCCCAGGUAUUUACUACUUCACUUAUGAUAUCACUUUGGCCAACAAACAUUUGGCCAUUGGCUUGGUCCACAACGGGCAGUACCGGAUCAAGACUUUUGAUGCCAACACUGGGAACCAUGACGUUGCCUCUGGAUCAACCAUCCUUUCUCUGAAGCAGGAGGAUGAGGUAUGGCUGCAGAUCUUUUACUCAGAACAAAAUGGGCUCUUUUAUGAUCCCUAUUGGACAGACAGCUUAUUUACUGGCUUCCUGAUAUAUCCCGAUCAAGAUUAUCUCAAUGAAAUAUAGGAUGAGAAACUAGCCUGUGGGAAAAAUAGGAAAUGCAUGAGACCUCAGUCCAGCAAAGUGUAGCCUGUACAUGGACAUGUGUGGGAUUAUCAUACGAUUCCACAUUUUUGGCGCUAACAGCCUGUAUUGGCUAUUUAGAUAUCUACUUGAUGUCAUCAACUAGUCCACAGGGUACCAGGACCAGCAGGACUCACCUUUAAGCAGCCUCAUGAAUCUCUAAAUCUCAAAGCCACCCAUUAUGUUUUCCCUGGUGAUUCCAACAUGCCAUGGACAUGUAACUCAAAUACUGGUGCAGAAUGCUUCGAUUAUUAUAUUAUUAUUCUAAAGCAUGGAAACCAACAACCAUUGCCUGAAAGCUGGGCUCAGAAGUGCCACUGAUGCUGGAGAUGGUAUCACUGCGUCUCCUCCCUCCACACCCCAUAAUAGUAAUAAUCCUUGUUAAUACAGAGUUACACUUUACCAGCUACUUAAGAGUCAGAAAGCUGUCAGCUAAAGUUGUAAGAGUAGCUCUCAGCCUCAUCAAAGCAGCACUAAUAAGCAAAGGCAUCUGAUCUAAAUAGGAAAUUACACAAAAGAGAGAUCUCACUUUAAAGGUUAAAGGUAAGACUCCUUGUAAGACACAAGCUGUUGCACUGAGCACCACUGGCAUUUCUCAGAUUUCAGCCUCGAUAUACCAGCGCUGGAGUCCUGCAUCUGGUUUCAGACAAGCGUUGGUAACGACCAGAGCCUAAACUGGACUGUGCAAGCCAAAUACCUGUGGGCCUCCAAGCCAUGGUGGAGGAUGAACUUUACAGAUAAGACUCAACUGUCAAAGACAGCAUAAACCUUCACUCCAGAAACAGAUUCAUUAAUAACCCCCUUCUGUCAUCCCUGGCAGCUUUUGCUGGAAGAAGAUAGAAUCAUAGAAUCAUUUAGGUUGGAAAAGACCUUUAAGAUCAUUGAGUCCAACCAUCAACCAUGCCCCCUAAACCAUGUCCUGAAGUGCCUUGUCUACACGCUUUUUUAAUACCUCCAGGGAUGGUGACUCAACCACUUCCCUGGGCAGCCUGUUCCAACGCCUGACAACCCUUUCAGUAAAGAAAUUUUUCCCAAUGUCCAACCUAAACCUCCCUUGCCGCAACUUGAGGCCAUUUCCUCUCAUCCUAUCUCCAGCCACCUGACAGAAGAGACCAACACCCACCUCACUACAACCUCCUUUCAGGUAGUUGUAGGGAGCGAUAAGGUCUCCCCUCAGCCUCCUUUUCUCCAGGCUAAACAACCCCAGUUCCCUCAGCUGCUCCUCAUAAGACUUGUGCUCCAGGCCCCUCACCAACUUAUACUUGUGCUGCUGCUGAGAUCCUCCUCAAGGGCUUAAUGCUACAGCUAGACUAUACCUUAACUGCUGCUUUGCUUUUUUGAUGUUGUAUGUCAAAUAUUACAGAUGCUCCAAAAUCAAUGUUUUGGUUCUGAACUGUAUGGAAAAAAAACCCAGAAAACUCAAAAGCUGAACUUCUGCUCAGCUGAGCUUUUUGCUUUUGCUAAGCAGAGCUUAGCGAUUCUUUUUCCUCCUCUGCAUCAGCUAAUACAGGGACAUGCUCCAAAAUGGUUUGCUAUUACCAGAGCAAAGAGUUCUCCUGUUAUAAAGCCUCUCAGUCCAGCUACCUUGCCCCAGGGUGUCCAAUGCUCCUGUAACACAGAGGUCUCUGUCUCAGUAGCCAGAUGGAAGGAGUCUUGCUGUCAGAUACAUCUUCUUGGUUUCCAGUCAUAUUUCUCAUCUCCUUUAUCACUUGGUGAAAACUCUCAUGAACUUCCAGCUCCUCUAAUCCUCAUAUUUAGGCAUUGAAGGGAUAUCCCAUAAGAACAAAGUUGUGGGGUUUUUUUCCAAUCUUACUUUUACAAGUCAAAAAUAUUUGCGUGAUUUUUGUGAACUACAGUAAUUGUGUUGUAUCUUACAAAAAUCUUUUCAAAUACAUUUUAUAAAAUAAAGCUGAACAAAAGUAC